AUGUCAGUCUUCGAGAUCUCCGUCACCCUUUCAGUCUCGUUUCACGAAGCAAUCAUUAUGCUAUUGUCGCGGAUACCAUCUCCACAAGCCAAAGUUGGCGGGCUGCCACCUCCUCCUGGUACCACAGUGGAUUCGGACCAUCCAGACACGAAUUUGUACAAAUACAACAUUGCUUGCCAAGUUCUCUGUUAUUGCAUUGUGGGGCCAAGCGUGCUGGCAAGGAUCUACACCAAAAUCUUUAUAAAACGAAAAGUCGGGUCCGAAGAUUGUAACCUCUAUCGUGGCGGUUCUCAUCAACGGGACGUUCCUAUGAGCUAUGUUGCACCUUUUCUUCGCCUUCAGUACUUUUCACAGCUCGUAUACUAUGGCGCCGCUUUCUUCACCAAGACUUCAAUCCUCUGCUUGAUUGCACGAAUCUUUGCCCCGCAUCACAGAGCCGUCUUCUUCACACGGGUGAUCAUAGUUCUCAUGGCUCUUUAUUACAUGCCAGCUUUCUUCAUCAAGGUCUUCAGGUGUGAUCCGAUCCACAAAGUCUGGGAUACCAUGGUACUAGGGAAAUGCAUCGCCAGCGAGCCGACCAUCUUUGUCGCGGAUUGCACCACCAGCCUUGUUUCCGAUCUAGCUAUCUUACUACUACCGAUGCCAUUAGUGUGGCAGUUGAGGACUUCGUUGAGACGCAAGCUACGUAUCAUGGUGGUCUUUGCUGGCGGCACAUUAGCUUGUGCGGCAAACGUAGCUCGCACCAUACAGACCUAUACGUUGGACUCUGAAGAUGCUACUUAUUCGAUCGAGGUGAUCAUGCUUUGGGCCAUUGCAGAGGUAAAUAUCGGGCUCAUCUGCAGCUGUUUACCCAUACUUCCCGCUUUCUACCAACAUAUGCUCAGACCGACGAGCGAGUCAAGCUCCAACAUUUCCAGCUACCAUCGAUUGAAAGCGCUGAAGACAGUUGCCUCUGGUGCUGAACGAACCAAUUUGAGCCACGAGGAAGAGGCGCCGAAUGAAGCAGCGGCUCGUAAAGAGCUUCCAGGGGGGAGCCAUGUUACGGGGGGGCUUUCUUUUUCUGUUCAGGGUGGGUCCGAUCCGGUUGAGGAAAAGGGGACUUGUUGGAAUGGUGGUGGCAUCCUGAAGACCGUGAAUGUAGAGCAGAGUGGAGUUUCAGAAGAAGGAAAAGACGUCCAGGCCAUCCUUGGGAUUGUGAGACGCUCUCCUCAGGAAAGCAUAGACGAUCCUGCAUAA